GGGCGUCCCGGGCCGGGCCAGGCGCAGGCCGCGUAUUUGAUCCUCUUCCCCUUCCAUUCCUGGCGCCCGCCGGCCCGUGGCGCGAGACCACCUGUGAGGGCUGCUGAGAUUGGCGGAGGCGGUCAUGUGGGCGGUCACGUGCCGCGGCGAGCUCCGUCCAAAAGAAAAUGGGGUUUGGUGUAAAUCUGGGGGUGUAAUGUUAUCAUAUAUCACGCUACCUCGUAAAACCGACACUGAAAGCUGCCGGACAACAAAUCACAGGUCAAAAUUAUGAGUUCUUCGUAUUAUGUGAACGCGCUUUUUAGCAAAUAUACGGCGGGGGCUUCUCUCUUCCAAAAUGCCGAGCCGACUUCUUGCUCCUUUGCACCCAACUCGCAGAGAAGCGGCUACGGGCCGGGCGCCGGCGCCUUCGCCUCUACCGUGCCGGGGUUAUACAAUGUCAACAGCCCCCUCUAUCAGAACCCAUUCGCGUCUGGCUAUGGCCUGGGCGCCGACGCCUACAACCUGCCCUGCGCCUCCUACGACCAAAACAUCCCUGGGCUCUGCAAUGACCUCGCCAAAGGCGCCUGCGACAAGGCUGACGAGGGCGUGCUGCACGGCCCGGCCGAGGCCAGUUUCCGCAUCUACCCCUGGAUGCGCAGUUCAGGACCCGAUAGAAAGCGGGGACGUCAGACCUACACACGCUACCAGACGCUGGAGCUGGAGAAGGAAUUCCACUUCAACCGCUACCUGACGCGGCGGCGCCGCAUCGAGAUCGCUCACGCGCUCUGCCUCACCGAGCGCCAGAUCAAGAUCUGGUUCCAGAAUCGGCGCAUGAAGUGGAAGAAAGAGCAUAAAGACGACAGCCAGGUUCCCACUGCGGCCACUGAAGACUCGGCGGCGGCGCCCUCAGUCUCCGGGGCUGCUGACAAGGCUGAGGAGGAGGAGGAAGAGGAGGAGGAGGAGGAGGAAGAGGAGGAAGAGGAAUAAAAAGGGCCAGGCACGGGGGCCCCUGGCUGCACAGGACAGUCGGAAAAGCGUCUUUAAGAGACUCAUUGAUUUUUGAUUACAAAAAAAUGGGGGAAAUAAAGUGUUAAAAAAAAAAAGAGAGAGAGA